AUGUCCAUGAACACCCGCAGCGUCCACGGGGACCAAGGUCUUGCCUUCGGCAGCUCCCCUGCGGGUCCAAGACGCACCGUCGCCACACGCUGGCCUUCCUCCACCUCUGCCUACAACGUGUCCUUCGCCUCUCCGACCCCCGGGGGCGGCCGGCCGGCCUGGCCCGACGGCACUGUCCGGCACCGGCCGCUGCCCAUAUCCAUCUACACGAAUGGGACCGUGUUUGCCACCGACGCCGAUGUCACUUUUGUGGCUGUGACCAAGGAAACCGCGCCACUGGAGUUCACGUGGUUCUUUGGAGAUGCUCCGCCCGUGAGAACGACCCACAGGAGCAUCAGGAGGAGGCUCAGUGUCCCCGGGGGGUACCGCGUGGUGGUCCAGGCUUCCAGCGGGCUCGGCAGCGUGGCCUCGGAGCCCCGCCACGUCCGGGCGCAGAGGAGAGUCGUCGCCAACCGGCUCGCCUCCGCCUCCUGGGCCCUGGUGGGCGCCGCCGUGGCCUUCGAGUGCCGGAUCAGCUUUGGCACUGACGUGGCCUACCUGUGGGACUUCGGGGACGGUGCUGGGGGCCUGGGGAACAGCUCCGCCAGCCACGUCUACAGCAGGGAAGGAGAGGUCACGGUCCAAGUCCUGGCCUUCAAUGACGUCAGUGCCGCCUGCCUAUCGAAGCGCCUUUUCGUUGUGCGCCGGCCCUGCCAGCCGCCGCCCGUGAGGAGCCCGGGGCCGGGGAAAGUGCAGGUGUGGCGGUCCCAGCCUGUGACGCUGGGGGUCGCGUUUGACGCCGCGAUGCUCUGUGACAGCGCCCGAGGCCUUUCCUACGCCUGGACCUUCACGAACUCCGCAGGGUCCCAGGUGCCCCUGCCGCCGGCCGUCCACACGCACGGGCAGACCGUCACUGUCCCCGGCUGCUCCCUGGAGCCCGGGAACUACACUGCACUCGCCAAGGUGCAGGUGGAAGGCAGCGCCGUGCACAGUAACUACUGUGUGCAGGUGGAGGUGCGCGCGCGGCCGCCGGUCAGCGUGAUCUCGGAGGGCACGCACCUGUUCGUCCCCAGGACCCCCUCGUCCACCGUCGUGCUCACGGGGUCCCUGUCCUACGACCCCGACUGGCCUGGGGCUGCGCUCAGGUAUCACUGGACGUGCGCCCCGGCCAGCGCCCCCGGGCGCCCCUGCUUUGCCGGGCCCGGUGCCCACAGCCUGGACGCCCGGGCCCCCGCCCUGGCCUUCGCAGCAGACUCCCUCAGCAGCAGCUACGACCAGUUUCUCGUGACGCUGACGGUGUCCAGCCGCGGCCGGAACUCCUCAGAGGCGCAGGUGUUCCUGUCCACCCUCCCCGCCUCGGCCCUCAGACUCGUGCACGUGUCCUGGGCCGCCUUCCCUGGUGUCCCCGUGAACUGGAACGAGCAGCUGUCGCUGCGGGCGGCCUGUGAGGGCUGCGGGGAGGCCGCCGUGCUCACCUACUCCUGGGACCUCUUCCUGGUCAACGCGACAGGGAGGGACCGCGAGGAAGUCCCCUUUUGCAGAACCGUGGGACUGCUGGGCCUCUUGGACUUUGGGGACGGAUUGGAGCCACCAGAGUCACACCCCCCGUCCCCGGGGCCAGGCGGGGCAGAGCCGCCUGCCACGCCUGCGCCGUCCUCGCGGGCGCGGUGGCCGCGGGCCCCGGGCCGGCCGGACCUCUCAGCCGUGGGCAGAGCCUCCACAGGGCCCACAGUCCCUGUGCACCACGUCCCUGCUGCGGGCGACACUGUGGUCCCAGACGGGGAUCCCUGGGACGAGGGGACCCCGGCGCCCCCGCCCCCUCCCCCGCCUGACUUGGAAGCCUAUUACAGCGACAUCCAGGAAGCGGCGCCAUCGAAAGGAAGGGGGACCGCCCACCGGACCCACCCGCACCCGCACCCUCCGGGGCCGGGACCGAGUGCCAGCGCCGACGAGAGCCGCAGGGACGGGGACAACCUGGUGGGCCCCCUCCUCCCCGCCUGGGGCGCCAGGCCUGCGCUGCUGGUCGACUGGCCCAAGUCCCCCGUGAGCCGAGCUGCUUUCCAGAGCUACACGGCGUCUGGGAUCACGGGACAGACGGUGACAGUAAAGCCGUACUCACUGAGCCCUGGCGCGACAUACGUCCUGCAAGCCGCCGUGGCUUCGGGGCACAGCUUUCUAGGGAAAGCGCAGCUGUACCUGACCGUCAACCCAGCUCCGUGGGGCGUGGCCUGCCAGGUGCAGCCGCCUCGUGGCCUCGAGGUCCACACCGUCUUCAGCGUCUUCUGCACGUCCGGGAGGCCGGACUUCCACUACGAGUUUAGCUACCGGGUGGGCAACGCCUCCCAGCGCACCCUGUACCGUGGGACCGACGCCCAGCACUACUUCGCGCUGCCUGCGGGGGAGCCCGGGGACAACUACCAGGUCCUGGUGUCCACGGUGAUCACCGACGGCGAAGGCUCCCGGACGCUGCCCUGCGCCACCGCCGUGACCGUGCUGCCCCGUCGCCAUGGGGACCGCUGCCCCGGCGAGGACGUGUACGAUUCCAGCCUGAAAAGCCUGUCUGCCCUCCGGCUGACGGGGCGCCCUGCGGACAUCCGGAACUACGUCUCCAUGACGGCCAGGGCCCUGCGUCGCUGGGCGAGGGACGGGGGUCCCUCCUGCGGCCUGUGGUCCCGCAUGCAGGACGUGCUCCUUUCUGCGGUGUGCGCUUCAGCGGCCCAGGACCAGGAGGAAGUGGCCGACUCUGUCCUCGUGAUGCGCGACCUCCUCCGCCUCCCCAGCAAGCUAAGCUCCGCCAGCGCCGCCCUCAUCCUCGGCUACACGCGGGCGCUCCUGGCUCCCGGCCAGCCCUCCGCGGGUGUCCUGGUGGACGUGGGGCAGGUCCGGGAGCUGGUCCUGCUGGUGUCUGCGGUCCUGGAGGGCGCUGGCCACCAUCCCCAGGGGGACGCGGCCCUCCUGCUCGAGGAAGGCAUUCGGGUCAUCUCGGACGUGCUGCUGGGCUGCUUGUUGGCGGGCUGCGAGCGCCAGCUCCACGUGAGCGCCGGGCAGAUGGCAUUCCACGCGCAGCUGCAUCGUGGCCCCGGGCGCUCCGUGCAGAGCCUGGGCCCCGCCCGGGUGCUGCUACCUGCGGACCUGGCUGGGCGAGGGGCGCCGAGCCCCUGCUACGUCAGCCAGCUCACGCUCUUCUGGGGGCGCCCCGCCCCGUGGGGACGCGCGCCUGGCCAGGUGGGCGCGGUGCUCGCCCUGUCCUUGCACCGCUGGCCCAGCGGGGGCCCCCUCUCCGUGCAGGGGCUGAGGACGCCCGUGACCGUGGAGUUCGGGGAAGACGAUGGCCCGGGCCACGGCGGCGGGGACCCAGCGUUCGUGUUGCUUCGGGAGGCCGUGAACGUGCACCGCUUCGCGGGGCUCUCGGCGGCCCCCGGGGAGUCCCUGCAGAUCCGCAUCGCGUUCUCCCCGCCCGCCGCCAGGGCCUUCCCGGUCGCGGUGCUGGUGAGGUUCUCCGAGAGGCCGACGCCUUCGGAUUUUCUGCUGAAGCGGACGCACACCUGGGAGGGGCUCACGGCACACGUUUCCGUGCCGGCCGCCUCACUGCGAGGCCGCACCUGGGGGUACCUGUCCUUGCUGGACGCGGACUAUGACAGGGACCCUCCCAACAAGUACUUGGCCAAGGCUGUGAGGUACGGCCUGCGUGUCCAGGGCAUCCGCUGCCUGCUCUGGGACGCGAGGCGGCAGGCAGCCAGGAGCCUCUCCCCACAGCCAGGAGCUUCGCCGGGAAAAGUGAGCUGCAGCUAUGACCGCCCUGCCGCCUUCUCUGUCGCAAGAAGGGACCUGAAUGUCACCUUUGAGACGGGUGACGUCUCCGAGCUGCGCAGACGCCCGGAAAACCUGCUUCCCAGUCUUGUGGUGGUGGUGUUUACAGCUCUCUACACGCUUUUGCUUAUUAAAAGCAAACGCAUGGAUCGUCGUGAACGAGAGAAAACUGGUUACAUUUUCCUACAAGAGAACAUCCCUCCCGGCCACCAGCCGUACGCCGUGGUCGUGGACACAGGCUUCCGGGCUCCAGCCCGCUUCACCGCAAAGGUUUACGCUGUCGUAUACGGUGCCAACGGAUGCUCGGGGCCCAGAGAGCUGUACUGCCCAGGGAAGCCCCUCUUCGAGCGGAACUCCAGACACACCUUCAUCCUCAGCACGCCGGCUCCGCUGGGCCCGCUCCGGAGGAUCCGCCUCUGGCACGACAGCUGCGGGGCUUCUCCCGCCUGGUAUGUCAGCCACGUGAUGGUGCGGGAGCUGCGUGCGGGGCCGGCGCGCGGCUGGUUCUUCCCUGCCGAGUGCUGGCUGGCCGCGGGCAGGCGGGACGGCCGCGUGGAGCGGGAGCUGGCCUGCCUGCGCCGCGGCCUCGGCUUCCGGAAGCUCCUGCACUCCACGUUCACGGAGCUCCUGGAGGACCACCACGCGUGGGCCUCCGUGCACAGCCGGCCGGCUGCCCGGGGCCUCCCGCACACGCCGCGCCUCAGCGUGGCCUUCGCCCUGCUCUGCGCCUACGCCUGCCUUGCGGCCCUGGUCACUGCCGCAGGGCACGAGCAGCUCCCGCCGGGCGCCGGCCCCGCCGGUGUUCCUCUCGGGCUCUUCGGGACGGGUUUCCUCUGCACCCUGCUGGCUUCUCCAGGAGCUCAGCUCUUGUCACUGCUCUUCAGGCUCAGCCAGGACGCCCGCGGGCCCGGCCGGGCGCGGCUGCACCGGCCCCUGAGAGCAGCACCGGCCGACGACGCAGCCCCAGGCCCUGACUCCCAGCGGAGGGCGCCAGAGGCCCGGAUGCUGCGCAAGCAGAGCGCACCGGCCACUCUCUCUGGGGCUGCCCGGGCCCGGAACGCAGCCAGCGGCGACGGGGCAGGCCGCCCGCCCCCUGACCUGGAGGCCUGCGGGGCCGACCUCGGCCAGCGGGCUCUGAGGGAGAGGAGCGACCACUGUGUCCUCGGCUCGCGAGCCCCCGGCCGACUCGCCACAUCCCAGAGGCCCCGGGGGCCGCUGCCGUGGCCGGACUCUGCAGCGUGGGCCGUGUGCGGGACGGUCUCUGUGGCCUGUGGCUUGGGGACAGGAUUUCUAGGGUACAGGUUCAGCCCCGCGCAGUGUGAGCAGUGGCUGUGCCUGCUGGCCGUCUCUGUGACCUGCUGCGUCUUCGUCACCCAGCCACUCAUGAUGGGCCUCGUGGCUCUGGGCUUCGCUUGGAAACGGAGAGGCGAUGAGAGCUUUUUCACCGAGUCUUUACGGAAAGCCACCGAGGGCCUGGACGCUGACCUGGACGGGCUCUCCCGCAGCCACGGGCCCCCCACAAGGCUCCCCCUGCUCCGCCCGUGUCCUUCCGAUCCUGUCUUGGCUGCACGCCAGCAAGCUCGCCGCCUGCGCUGGGCGCGUCCCCCAUCCAUGGCCCGGCUCAGGGUCACCCGGGAGAGGAUGAGGAGGCAGGUGCGCACCCGGGCUGCGCUGAGAGACACCUGCCUGUCGGCCCUCAUGCUGCUGCUGCAUCUGUUUAUAGCCCAUGGCGCGUCCUCCCGGGACGAACGCGCCCUCAGCCGUGCCAUCCGGGACGCCUUUACCAGAGGCGCCAGGAGCUCCUUGGGAGGCCUGAGCGGCGUGGACGCCUGGUGGGCCUGGAGCCUGAGCACGUUGCUGGAUGGCCUGUACCCAGGCAGCGGGCCCGCCGCCGCCAGCACCCCGGGCACACAGCUCCCGAGGCCGCUCUCGGCACUUACUGAAGACAGGCCGCCGGCGUGCUGCCCCGACGUCGGAGACCCCCGGGCCCCCUCCGUGACGAGCGCGGAUGUCCCGACAGCAGCCCCGAGGGCCCCCGAGGCCCGUAGCCGGGGCUGUGAGCUCCGCCUGGGCAGGACCAGGCACGCGGCCCACGCGGCCCUGACCGGCCUCCAGGCCCACCGGUGGGCCGACAGCAGCACCCGUGCCCUGUCCGUGCGCUUCGUCCUCUACAGCCCCCCGACCCGCCUCCUCUCCAGCGUGUCCCUGAGCGCGGAGGCCACCCCGGCCGGCCGCCUCGCCCUCUCCGCCUGGGUGGAAUCAUUCCCCGUCUUCCGCAGCGACUCCGCCCCGAGGUUCCACCUCCUGCUGCCCCAGCUGGCCCUCCUGGCGCUCACCCUGACCCACCUGGGCCUCCAGCUGCACGGCCUGGCGGAGAAGGGCGUCCACGGCUACUGGCGCCGGCCCAGGAACUGGCUGGAGCUGCCCAUCGCCGGAGCGGGCCUCGCCUGGUACGCAGCCUCCGGCCACCUGCUCUCUCUGGCUGGGGAGGUGGCCGACCAGGUCCGCAGGGGAUUUCUGCCAGGGCCUGUGGACCUCAGUCACAUGGCUUCGUGGACUCAGAGGGCGCGAUGGCUGCAGGGAGCGCUUUCCUUCCUCUUGACCCUGAGGUGCCUCCGUCCGCUCGGCUUGCAGAGUGCCGCGGUGUCCCGCUCGCUCUCAGGCAUCUUCCCGCCAGUGGUGAGGCCCCCCUUCACCAACACAUCUCGCAAGAAACCGCUGGCGGGGGUCCUGCUGCUGGCCGCCCACUCCCACCUGCGCAGGAUUUCGCUCUUCGCCCUGGCUCCACCGUCAGGCACCUUUGCAGACGCCUUCCACUGGCUGCUAUUCCGUUUUAGCCAGAGAGACGCCUCCCCGGGCUCUUCCAAGUCUGACCUGCAGGCAGCGUCGGGGUGCUGUGUGGCCCUUCUCGCAGCAGGGACCGCUGUGUGGUUUGCCCUGCUGAGAAGCUCCCUCAGGGCUUUUACCCCCAAAAGAAAAUCCCCCCGAAGCCGGUAUCUCGUGGAGCCGGGCGACGUGGCAGCCGAGGCGCUGGAGCGGGCGCGUUUUGCGCUGGGCUGGCAGCGGCCGGAGCCAGUGGAGGCGGGGCCCGCGGAGAGUCACCCCUGCGCCCUGGGCGAGUUCGCAGCCCUGGUGGACGAGCUGCUGCUGAGGGUCGAUGGCUUGUCCGGCUGCCUCCAGCCCCCUCCCCAAGAGCUGCGUGACCCGCCGGGGGCUGGGGCAGCGGAGGGUCCCUUGGUGGGAGCUUCGGACGACCGAGCUACAGGGCCCACAGCUGGCACGUCCCAGGCCCAGCCGCGAGUGAACUCCCUGGUGAAGGCGAGAAGCCGGGGCCGCUGCUCGGAACCCCCGGUCCCUCCCGGGAAGGACCCCCUGCGAAGAGGCGGCCCUGGUGCGGAAGUGACCGUCAGCGUGGACGCGGGCCAUCACGGGGCGAGCGGCGACCAGAUGCUCCCCGACAAACGCGAGCUCCGGGAGAAGCGCCGUCGCCCAAUCUGCCCCAUGGGAAGCUCCCCCUCCGGGCCCGCCACUCUCGAGGGCCUUGGCCCCCAGCUCCCCCAGCAGCUAGCGCCCCAGGCCGGGCCCUCACCUGGUUACAUGAGCCUCGAUGAGCUGGACGACGAUCUGGUCCAGGCACAGAGCAAAGGGGUCCUGCUGGCCAUGUCAUCAGAAUCGGUACUGAUCCCCGAAGGCGCACGGCUCGGGGCGGAUCUGACCGCAGCGCGCAUGUCAGCCUCCGUGCACGCUGCUGUGUCCGAGCGCGCAGAUGGUGGCCGAGUUUGCCGGGCACCUCCACCCCUUCGCAUGCGGGUCCUGGUCAUGCCAAUGGGCAUGCCAGGCCCGGCCAUCCUCAGGUUCAUGGGUGCUCCACACCAUGUGGUCCCCGCCAGAGGGACAGACGGCAUCAAGAGGGCCCCCGGGGCCCUGUGGGACGGACCCCGGCACGACCCGGCCCUCGGGGAGAAUUCCGGGGCCAUGCGUCCUGGCCUAGACGGGGAGCGCGCUUUGGAUUUGGGCUCCUCCUCUCUGGCCGCACACAGUCAGUCUGGGGGAGACGGGCCCACAGCCACGCGCACUCUACGUGACCCUGGCAGCAGAAGGCGGUGUGGCUCCCACGGUCAAGGCCAGUUCCUCACGCUGCCCCGCUGA